UUUGGCAAUCCUAAAGGUCACGACGAAACAAUCAAGUGGCUUUUUGAUCGAUAUAAUCCAUUUUUAUAGCCUAAAACGAAACAUUUUGUGAACGGCUUGUGUGGAAAAUUCAGCGUCCAUCAACUUUGGACGUAACAUUCAUUGUAAUUACUCACUCUAAAGGGACGUUUAUCAAGUCAAGUUCGGUUUCAUUAGAAUCCUCUGUUUGUUAGUAAUACAACCAAACUUCCUGGUUCUUUUUCCGGGACAUAUUGACCGAAGAAAUUCGAUCUGAACACACCUACCAGCUACGUCAUUACGCGCCAAUCGAUUGGCCUGUUCUUCUUUGAUUGACUGUAUCUCGGUCCAAUGACCACUGAUCUUUUUGAAAUCUAGCUGGAUAGAUAGCCAAUGAGCAGAGGUAAAUAGGGAUAUCAAAUGGUUCUACCCGGAAAUAAUAGGCAUCUUUGUAAAGCCAUGCGUGUACGCAGCUAUUCCCCAUUGAAAAUCAGAAAGUAAGGAGCUCACCGUUUUACGCGCCGCGAAAGUUUGUUUUGGAGCAUUUUCAAGGAUCAAUUAUGGCAAAUAAAUCAGCCAAAUCAAAGACCAAGACGAAGUACACAGAUGUGCAAGAUAUAAUUAGUGAAAUUGACCGUGAAAGUGAAAAUGAACAUCUAAUUGAUUCCAGCGAGGUUGAAUCCGUUGAUUCUGAAUUCGAAGACAUGUUUCUACACGGUGAAGACCCAGUUUUGGAUCGUCGCAGCGAUUCUGAUUGGGAGCCAAGCUGCAAAUCCCCCACUGAAGCUGGUCCAUCCAGCUGGACCCCUGCUGUAUCCGGCACCACACCUACUCCCGCCCGGCCAUCAAGGGGUGGUAAGCCGGCGGCAAGGAAGCGGAGGAAGGGCAGCGUGGAACCGUCCAGCGUGGAACCUGCCAGAGCGGAGGAGGACCGUUGGCACACUGUUCUUGAGGAGGAUGUGGCCCCACCAACUCCACUUUUCCGCCCAAAACGCCCAGUAUGCCCUCAAUUGGACCUGACUUCCAAAUACACCCCCAUGCAACUUUUCCAGUUGUUCUUCACCUCGGCAGUUCUUGAUACCCUGGUGAUGAACACUAAUAAAUAUGGGGCUAAGAACGGCACGCACAUGCUGAAUUUCAUCAUUGCAGGCAGGGAUGUGCCUCAGGGGAAAAGGGGCACAGUAGGGCAGCUUCGUUGUGCCCUGUGCCACAAGAAGUCCCCUGUCACCUGCAACACCUGUGCUGUGACCCUCUGUUUCACACCAGAGAGAAACUGCUAUGGGAUAUGGCAUCGGGAGCGCAACAUUGUGUAG